CCGGAGGGAAGUUAUCAGUGCGAGAAUUCUUUAAGAUGUAUUCCAAGGUCGUAUUUAUGCGAUGGUCUUGACCACUGUGGCGAUUGUAGUGAUGAGAUAGAAGAAUGCGAAGUACCAGUGAUGUUUCGUUGCCCAAACGAUAUACGAAAGACUUGCCUGCAUUGGUCUUAUGCGUGUGAUCCAUACGCCGACUGUCCUAAUGUGGAAGAUGACAUAUUUACAAUUGGGCCUGGAUUUAAAUGCCAGAAGCAGUACGGUUUGACUGAUGUGAAAAGGUAUUGCAUUCUUCCACAAUGGAGUCUAAAGGAUUCCUAUUUUUCGUGUGAUGAUCGUUCGGACCUGUGUUAUCAAAACGACACAUUUCACUGCAGUCUAUGCUUAGACGGAAAGACUGUAAUAGCCCCAAGACAAAUUUGCGACGGAAUAUUUGAUUGUCCUGACUUAUCAGACGAAUGUCUCUGCGUGGCGUCAUCUUUGAAAACUGCCGAAUUGUGCAACAAUGUCUGCUACGGAUACCCGAGUUCUCCUUGCUCAAAAUGCAACGAAGAAGAGGUCUUAUGCGACGGGAUAUGCUUACCAUACAGUAAAGUCUGCAACGGGAUAGUAGACUGUCAUAUCUCUUCAAUUGAUGAGCGUUGGUGCACUGUAGAGUCUAGAACCUUUAUGCCAAUACGACCAAAAGACUUUACUUGCGAGCCUACACCUGAUAUACUUCAAAGAGCGAUAGACCAUGGGAAUUUGGGGUAUCUGGCGAACAAGAGCUUUCCCGUAAUGGCAAAAAGCUGUGACGGAAUUACGGAAUGUAGAAACAUGGAAGACGAAUGCAGUGAAAGAGCGAACUGCGAGAAUAAACCAAAAGUCUGCACUGAUAUACCAAUAAUAUGGCAAGAAGUUUCACCCAGUUUCGCCCCCGGGAUGACACAUGGCGUUCUUAUAGAAAUUCGACGUUGUAGUGGGUUAUACAAUUUCGUAUUCGGUUUCUCAGUUUGCAAUGGAAUGAGCGAAUGUCUAAAUGGAGAAGAUGAACGGAAUUGCACAGAACGCUUUAUAUGCGAUGCUGGUCAGCGUGCAUGGCUAUCAGGCACAAAAAACAUGGUGAGCAUUGCAAACUCGCAGAAGUGCGACGCUGUCUACCCUCCCGACUGUCUUGAUUCGUCCGACGAAAUUAACUGUAGUGACUCCACACACUUUUACUGUGAAAGUGGAACUCCUUUCUUUGUACGUCGAGACCAAGUGGUGGACGGUAAAAGAGAUUGUGCAGAUGCAUCGGAUGAGUGCCCACCUGAUAUGUUCCAAACCAAUGCACUAUCUUCACGGGAAGAACUCAUUAAAGUCCCAUUUUUAAGAGCAAUGGUAUGGUUUAUGGCUUUUGUGGCAAUCAUAGGAAAUUGUGUGGUUUUUAUUCUUUCAUCAAAAUCUCUUAUUAAAAACUCGAUAAAAGCGCAAAAUGCAAGAGCUCCUGGAGUCGUUGUGAUCAACAAGCUUUUAAUUCUUAAUCUUUCCAUUGCCGACUUGCUUAUGGGAAUUGCUCUGUUGAUUAUCGGCAUCAAGUCGGCUCAAUUUUCGGGACAGUACUGCUGGAGAGACCUGCUAUGGCGCAGUAGUACUACAUGCGAUGUCAUUGGAAUUUUGUCCGUGCUCUCAUGCGAAGCGUCGGUUCUCUCUCUCGUAUGUUUAACUUCAUAUCGUGUCUACAUGAUCUAUUUCCCUUUUAAAUCAACGACAGUUAGCACCAAAGUGGCGAGUAUCUGGAUUAUGUGCAUUUGGGUUGUAUGUUUUAUUUUGGCCCUUCUGCCUCUGGUAGACCAGCUCUCUCGUUACAUGGUGGAAACAAUGCUAAUUAAAACCACGCCCUAUCUAACAACUGAAAUAAUUCGGUUCAACCAGCUAUUGGAAUUUACAAAAAGGAUUUCCGCUACUCAACAGAAUGUCAGCGUCGAUGGUAUAUUAACGACAGGCUCCUGGUCAGUUUUGCAGCGUUUUCUCAGUGACAAUUUUCCUAAAUACGUACCUGAACGAGUUGGAUAUUUCGGUUACUACAGCGCAAGUGCUGUGUGUCUGCCACGUUAUUUCAAACUACCGACUGACCAGUUUGAAAUCAAUGCAAUUUCUCCCGUUAUCAUGAGUUUUAAUUUCAUUGCACUGCUCUACAUCUGCGGUGCAUACGCUGCGAUUUAUAAAAGAACAUAUUCUGGGAACAUGGCAGUAAAUACAGCACAAAGGCAACACACGGAACAGCGCCAGAAAAUCGCAAAAAAGAUGCAACGAAAAAUUUCGAUUCUCAUUCUCACAGAUUUAUGCUGCUGGCUUCCAGUAUGCCUCAUGACUUUUAUAAGUCUAAGAAAGGCAGGUCUGCAUGACUCCGUAUAUUCCUUUUCUGCGAUCAUUCUCUUACCGAUAAACAGCUCGCUAAACCCAAUCAUCUACACAGAUGCAGUUCCAAAACUUUACACAAAGCUAAAACAAAUCGGGUUGCAGGUCAGGACAUUGGUGAAUAAUACGCAAACACAAAUUACAUCCACAACUGGAAUUCCCAACGUGACAACAACAUCAGUAUAAUUGAAUGUAACAGUCGUUAUUACACGGGUGUAAUGUUUCAUACAUCCGUGCC